UCCAAAAUGUCCAGGGGCCCGGCUUGUCUCCAUUCGCUAUCAGCCACACCACCCCCAUCCCCAAAAACUUCGCCGCCUAUUGAUCUUAUCAGUGGACGAUACCUGACAAAGACAAACAGUCCUCUUACGUCUUCUGUUCAUAGUCGCCUGCCUUCGCGCCAGUUCCCCAGCGCGACGAGCUCACCACCAUGCCGCCCCAGAUCAAGCAAGACCUGAAUCGCUCCGGCUGGGAGUCGACUGACUUCCCCUCCGUCUGUGAGAACUGCCUGCCGCCGAACCCUUACGUCAAGAUGCUCAAGGAGGACUAUGGCGCCGAAUGCAAGAUCUGUACGCGGCCCUUUACUGUCUUUUCGUGGGCCGGCGAUCGCGCCCACGGCCGCAAGAAACGCACCAACAUCUGCCUCACCUGCGCGCGCAUGAAGAACUGCUGCCAGUGCUGUAUGCUUGACUUGCAGUUCGGCCUCCCCAUCCAGCUUCGCGAUGCCGCCCUCAAGAUGGUCGCGCCCGGCCCAUCGAGCGAGGUCAAUCGCGAAUACUACGCCCAAAACAACGAGAAGGCCUUGGAAGAAGGCAAGGGCCUCGAAGAAUACGACAAGGCGGACGAGAAAGCUCGAGAGCUCCUGAGACGGCUGGCGACUAGUAAGCCGUAUUUUAGAAAGGGACGGGCCAUCGAGGAUGGUGGCGCAUCGUCGACAGCUACGGGAAAUGCGCCUGGUGGUAAUGUCGCCGUCGGCGCUGGCGUAGGAGGACCUGGUCCAAUAAGGACACGCGACUCUAGAGCUGCUGCCGCUGCCGGUGCUCGACCCGGGCGAAGACCAUUCCCGAGCGCGUCGCAAUUACCACCCGGGCCGAAAGACUACCUACCCCCCGAUGACAAGUCCAUCACAAGUCUGUUUGUGACGGGUGUCGAGGAUGAUCUGCCAGAAUACAAGAUCCGGGAUUUCUUCAAGGAACACGGCAAGAUCAAAUCUCUGAUCUGCAGUCACAUGUCACAUUGCGCCUUCAUCAACUACGAAACGAGAGAAGCGGCCGAGAGAGCAGCUGACGCUUGCAAGGGACGAGCUGUCAUUGCAGGGUGCCCACUUCGAGUCCGAUGGUCCCAACCCAAGCCGAUCGGUACCAUGAACCGGGAAGAAAGAGCUGAGAUGAUCAGAGAUGGACGAUCCGCAUUCGCCGAUCAACGACGCGGUCCAGGGGGCAGGCGGGCUAUCGAAGGAGAGGCGCAAGGCGAUUCGGGAGCGCCACGGCAGGAGGUGACGAAGCUGAGUGCCAUCGCCGCACCCCCGGGCGCCAGCGACGUCAACUAUGCCAGCUUGGCUGGUGACUAACGGGUAUGACCUGAAAGAUACAUACAUACUAUGCAUUGAUGGCGUCCGGGGUCAGGGUCAACGGGAACAUUACAUGGCGAUAUGCAGUCCUGUUCAUAGCAUCUGGGGUGUUUUUUUUCUCUGCGUAGCGACUCGAUAUGAAUUUUGAGAGAAAAGAGAGUCAUGGUCAUGCUUUAUUGGUACACUGGGGUAUCAUGAUAUAUAAUACAGAUU